CGGUUGGCAGGCGUGAGGCAGUCAAUGGCAGCGGCUGGGAAGGCUGGCGGACCGAUGGCUGGCGGGGGACUCCUAUAAUACCCGUGUCCGGGGCAGCAUGGCUCACAAAAUAGGACUGAACGACACGCAGUACGAGCCAGACAUUCGCGGUGAAGUGGACUUUGGUUUUUUCGACAGUGAUGACGAGUUAGAAAGGACGAAAGGCAGUGAAAUGGUCAGUGGCUCCGCUCGCUUGAGCUCGGUUCGCGGGGCUUCCUCACCUGGCGCGAGGUCGGGGCUGGACUCCCGUUACCGCUGUGUGGAGGACACUUCUUCUCCUGCUGCUGGGCCGUCGGAAGGUCAGCAGGGAGCGCAGGAGGUGGCGAGGGACGAGGAUAAAAGGUGGAGUGGCAGUGCGAGCCCCAGCGCAGGGCAGGCAGGUAGUGCGAGUUCCCCCGAGGCAGCCAAGGCGAGCGCAGCAGCAGCCAUGGAACGAGUAGACCCCAGCCCCUACAGCUCUGACGAGUGGGAGGAGAGUGACGUGAGUGACACGGACGGGGAUCACAGUGACAGCAGUGAUGAUGACGAUCCCAAGUCUCAGGUGGACAGGUUGAUCGAGCGCGGCACCCUCAUGUACAUGGACGGCGAGAACUCCAACCUGUCCUCGGAGACGGACAGCAGUGACAGUGACAGCAGCUACGACGACUGUGACAGUGAUAGUGAGAGUGACAUCACCGAUGUGUCCCCCUUGAUCUCUGCCACGGCGAGUCCCCUGGGCCUGUCCCCCGUCCUGCCCCGCCGCGCCCUGGGCACGUCCCCCUUGGCACUGCACGACAACAGGGACCUGGCCCUCGAGUGCCGCGAGGAGGACAGCCCCGGGCAUGACCAGGGCUACGACUCCCAGCCGCACUGCAACGGCUACAGCAACAGUGACGACUCCACGGACAUGACCCUGUUGCUGAAGGCAGUGGUGGAGCUGGAGAGGAAGCAGCAGAGGAACCGCCGCUCCAACGGCCACCACCAGUACCACAACCACCAGUACCACAAUCAGCAGUACCACCUCAAUCAGCCCUCGUCGCCCAUCACCAUCCACCCCAUUGACGCCAGUCCCCACCACAGUCACCUUCGCAGCUCGCACCACAGGAGGAAGAACAUGUCCUUCUCCAAUGACGAAGUGCGGAGAAUCGACCGUGAGAACCAGAUCCUCCUGCACAAAAUCAUGUCGGCACACAACCGCAGCAGACAGCAUAACUCUUCCAACCAGAACAGCCGGUCCGUCCACAGACCUGCGAACUCUACCGUGACAAGGAGGAGAGAAGACGAGAAGAUUCGCAGGGAAAACAUGAUCUUGCUGCGAAAAAUCCAGGAGGCCAAGCCUUCUCGGGAUGUUACUGCAUCUCGGCCACCCCGUCAUAGGACAACGCAUGGCCUCCGUCCACCCUCAAGCCUUCCCACCACUCCAGGAUCCUGCGGAGCCUCGGCUCGCACAGCUCCAGGCCAUGUGAACACACCAACUCCACGGAAAGAGACGGCUCUCUGAAUUAGCCAUCAAGUAAUAACUUCAGGUAAUUCAUGGCAUAUGAAGCUUGUAACACUGCUGAUUACAGUUUUCUUGUACUCAAGUUGCCAAUAAUAGUUGACAGGGAGGUUCUUCCAUUAAGAGAACAAUGACGUUCCUUUAUGGAGUUAAAUGUGCUGUCUAUAUUCCAAUAUGUCACAUGAAGGUGUCCAGUUUGUAAUGUUAAUUUCUUUUGCUAUCAUGAAAAUGGCCCAGUUUUAUUUCCUUGCACUAAGGAUCAUUUAGGUGUACAUUCUUGUAAUAAAGUUUCAGCAUUAAAACAAAGUUCAUACUUGUGCAACUGUUGACCCCAUUGUCCAGGUCACCACACAUUAUACUUAUACAAAUAUGCAUUGAAAUGUACAGUUGCUUGGUGUUACGUAGAGGUUGCUCUCACUUUAGUGAGUGAAUAAAUGAUUGGUAGAGCAAAUAACAUAUACGGAUUCAUAAUGGUAUCAGUGUGGCAAGUACUGUGAAGGUUCUUUUGGUACAAGAUCAUUUUCUUCUCUUUCUCAGUGUCUUUUGCUCUUUCACUUUUAUUUAUUAUAUACUUUUCCCUAUGCAGAAAUUCAAUCGAAUCUGUUGUAGAUAAACUUUUCAUCUUUCGAUGCAUCCAAACUUGUAAGCAUUUGAGUGCAUUUAGUUAUAUGCAAAGUUUGUUUUAAGGUGUGAAAUCUGAAAUUUCUGUUUAGGGUUAUUAGGUUUCAUGAUAAGAAUGAACUUUGUAUUAAAUGUGUGACAGGAAGCUCAAAUAGGUGGUCAGCCCAUAUUGUGAUUAUUUGGAGUGAAAUGGAGUUUACAGCUGGAAACGUAAACACAUUAGAUAAUAUGGGGUUACUAUCACUACCUCUCUAGCAAAAAUAUCAAUGCUUUAAUUCAUAAUCUAAAGACAUAAAUUUCCCACAAAGUGAAUGCAUGUUAAAGACCUCGUAAGGGUAAUUGAAAACUUGAUAGUUUACUGCAGCUAUUAUUACAUUCCAUUUUUUGGUGCAUCAGAGUUCCCCAGUGUACUGUAGCUAUGGUCCUGUAUCUGAAUCAUCAAGACAUAUUUGGUAGUCAUUUUGAUCAACGAAGAAAGACCAUUGGAUGUAGUAUGUGGUGUAACGGUGUGAAUUGUACGUAUGCAGCAGUCAAGGUUGAUGGCUUCUGUUAUGUGAGAACAUUAACAUUGAUGUGUUCCAAAUGUGUUGUUGUUGUUGUAUAUAGCAUUUUAAGGGAUGAGUUGAAGAUGAUUAUACUUAUGAAGUAGAUGUGAGCAUAAAGAGAGAUUCCAGCCUGGCAGUUUGGCAGCUUGCAGCAGUGACUGCCUUUUCUUACAAGUAUCAAAACAUCAGGUUCAUGAAAAGUGUAAAGAAAAGCAUUGUUAUCAGUGCUUGCUAGUUGAGAAUAGGAGAUAAACCAUUUUUACAAAGAAAUGUAGGGCUCCAGCUUGAGAAUGGAUUGCCAAAAAGGAUGCACAUUCAUGCUCACAUUUAUUUCAUUUGAAUUAUCCUCUGCUCAACUCAACGUGUGGUAAUUCUUGUGUUCAGUUACUAUGGACUUCUCAUGUAUCUCGCUGCAGUUCAUGCCUCAGUCUCAGAUCUCCUAGGAUUGGUGAAGUGUGAACAGGGUUAGUUAGAUAUUCAACAAUUUUGAGUCCAUGGCAUUAAAGCAGGAGACAGGAACAGUAAUGCAUGUGGAGGUGUGAUAACGGAAGUUUCAUUUCUAUUAAUAUUAUGCUUAGCACUUUAAGGGAAAUGUCUUUAGUAAUGGACUUGGUACGCCAAGGGAGAGAGGUAGCUAAGUGAGAAUAUUCUUUUGAUAGUUUAUUCUUACAAUAUUAGCUACCAACUCUAAAGCAAGUAAUUGUCUUUAUAGGCAAUUGAUCUAUUACUGAUGCACAUCAAUAUCAAUAUUUAUCUGGCUUGAAUAUUACCUUUCAACAGGUAAUCUCAUAAUCUGAACUGUUUAUUUUGCAAAAGAGUAACCUUCAUAUAAGGUAACAAAGGUAUUUAUUUAUAACCUCUGAAACUUUUUUUUUUUUCUUUGAGAGCGAGAAAGAAACCUACGAGUUGAAAAUAAUUGGUCAUGGUAGGUUUUGGCACAAACUUGAAACAGCACCUCCCCUCCAGGUUGAGCUUAUAGGCACAAAGAAGAAGCAGAAAACCAGUAAUGUUGUGUAAUAUGGCAUCAAUACUUAAUGUCAGUAGUAAAUGCCACUGCAGUAUCAACUAGUGACGGGUAUUUGAUUAUUUUCUUUUAUUUUGUGUGGCCGCCAUUGUAAUGAGAGGAUAAGAAACUGUAUUGUGUGUCACUAACAGUCUUUAAUCAUACAAGGAGGAUGAAAUCAACAAUUUAUCAUGUGAAUAAAUAGAUAUAAUAAUA